UUAAGGUCGCCGCCUCUUUUGGUAUCAUCGGAACACAAAAGGCAAUGGGCUCGAAUGAGGAAAUCCUAAGUGCGCUGAAGAUUCUCCAGAAGUACAAUUUAAAAGUAGAAGCCUUUAAACUUCAGUAUUGUUUUUAAAGGAAUCGGAGCUUGCUUUAAAACAAGAAGCUGGUCUCAUUAAUGAAAAAAUUGCUGAGGAAUUUCUGAAAUUUAAAGCGUCAGUUCCUUCUACUUUUUGUUACGAUCCUUCAGUCAAGUAAAGGAUGAACCAGAGAACUUUUGCGCUAACUACCAGUCUGUUCUCACAUUUAUGGAUUCGGUUCCUGAUGUGCAUAAAGUGGAGUUGUCUACGUUACUCUUCCCUAUAUUUGUCCAUAUGUAUCUCCGUCUAAUCAGUGGAAACAUUUGUGGAGAGGCCAAAAAGUUCCUCAUAACUUUCAGGAAAUAUCAAGAAGAUUUUUACCAGUCAGAUAUUAAUAUGCUAUCGAACAUUACUAGUUCACAACACUUGUCAAUGAAUCCUUUGAUUGAAUCGUUUAGAGCUUCCGAGUUUGUUGUCAGUGUUUCGGCCGAGUCUUAUUCACUUCUGCGUCAGUUUCUUCAAGAUAAAGAAAUGAAUGUCAUUCAAAGUAUUUUAAAGGAACAGUUAUCACUUGAAAGUAAGGAUGCACUACAUGUCUCAAAUCUCUAGUCGUCAAUGGCCCUCCUAGGUCAAAGCUCCAAGUCGAUUGCCGUCGUGGUGCUUUAUUUGGCGAGGCUCACUUUGACGCUAACAAAGAACCUGUUUUGUAUGGUCUUCUAAGAGAUCCUACAUUAGACUUACCAGCCGAAAUGGAUACUGAUCCUGGCUUCAAUGACAUUGAUGGGAGCAAUGUAGAUAAUAACGAAGAUAACGGGGAUCAGAGUGUUGCGAAAAAGAAAAAACGGAGGGAUGGUAUGACGUCAGGUUCUGGACAUCCUGGUAGACCAUCUCUUUCGAAAGAUGUUAGCAAAUCUGACUCCAACUCUCCAGCUCUUGAUCGAAUUCCUCUGCCUAAGCUGCGCGAGUCAUACAUUGAAAGCAAACAAGCUCUUUCACGAGAGAUAUCUACUCUCCUACGUAAUUAUCAACAGCGAAAUCCACAAAAGUCAUCAAUCGGUACAAGCACAGUCCUUUAUACAAUAUGCAAUGCUCAGGCUGGUGAGUCAACCCUAGCUAUUCGAAGAGGUGGUGUUACAUGUUGCAGUUUCAGUGAUGACUCAUCACAACUAGCUGCUGGAUUCGGAUCAGGUCGUAUCCGUGUUUGGUCUUUAGGCCCCGAAUCAUUAAGGCGUAUGCUUCCGGCUUCAGAGUUGAGCUUACUGGAUAAAGAUGACUCUAGAGUAAAAACUAAUAUGUUAUAUGACGAAAAUGAUGAGACCCACCUAACUCGGGAUCUGCUAGGUCAUCUUGGCAGUGUGUUCGGUGUUGCGUUUAGUCCUGACCGACAACUCAUUGCUUCAGCUAGCUCAGAUGGCACUGUCCGAUUAUGGUCCACAUUAAUGUGGGGUGGUGCUCUAACUGCAUGGCGUGAUCAUCUUCUACCUGUUUGGUGUGUUACUUGGGCUCCCACAUAUGGUCACUAUAUAGCGACAGGAGGAGCUGAUCGUAGUGCACAUUUGUAUGCAACUGAUCAUGCACCAGAUGCUUUACGUGUUUUUGUUGGACAUAAAGGAGAUGUGACGUCAGUGUGUAUACAUCCAAAUGUUAAUUAUCUUGCAACUGGCAGCGCUGAUCGAGCUGUACGCUUAUUUGAUGUUCGUUCUGGAAAGCUAACAAGGAUCUAUACAGGUCAUAAGGGUUCUGUUCAGAGUCUGGCGUUUUCACCUUGUGGUCGUUAUCUGGCUAGUGGAGGUUGGUGUGGUACUACAUGUCUUUGGGACUUAGGGUCUGGACAACAGGUUGGUCAGCUUGGAGGUUAUUCGGCAUCUAGGACUUCUGUAAAUCAGCCAAGUAGUGAUUGUGACUCUCAGGAAGCUAACUCAGACUCAAGUCAGUGGUUGACUGGUCCGGUUGUAUCUCUCGCAUUUUGUCCGGGUAAUUCAGGACGUUUGGCUUCGGGUGGUCUAGAGGGAGCUCUACGAAUAUGGAAUACAGUUAGUGGUUGGUCAACGGCUGUUACUACUCCAGCUACUAGUAAUAACGAUGAUAAAAACGCCAAAACUAAUCUUUUGGCAUUGCAUCGAUUCACUAAACAGCAGUUUGUCCGUCAAAACUCUAAAAUUAAUAAAAGCAGUGGAGUCGGAGGUCAUAAUGUUUUAGGAUAUUAUUCUUCAGCGACUGGUCCUGAUGUUUCUGAUGCAUGUGCUAAUGAAGUGUUUUUCACUAGACGUACCUCAGUCCUAGGACUACACUAUGUUCAUCCUUAUUUGCUUUUGGCAGCUGGACCAUAUAACCAAACCUGAUUGCUCUAAGUAGGUAUUCUUAAUGUACAGUUGAUUUUUAUAUUUAAUUCUCAAACAUUAUUUCGACACUUAUUGUUUAGAUGUCUUUUAUGCUACUGCAUUUCCAUAAAAGUAGUUUAUGUUAUGUCUCUAAUAUUUUCUAGGCAUCAGUGGUUUUUAUACGUUCGUUACUACGAUAUUUCAUUUACCUAUCCUCGAUUUUCCGAUUGUUUCAUUAAACUACUUUGUAAUUAACCAGCAUCAUGUACAAAGUGUAAAUUGAUUUUUCAAACAGA